GAUAUGUAAAAAGUGAAUUAUUGCUUUGAUAAUUGUCUUUAAUAUUAAUUGAUUAUGUGAGUAAAAUAAGUAGAGAAGUAUAUAGAUAUUUUAUAUGUAGUAUUUGCCAUAUAGGUUAGACUUCAAUAUUAUCAAUUAAGGCGAUUUAUUGAUAUCUGUGUAAUACAAUGAUAGUAAAGGUUUGGAUAAUUCGGUAUUUAAAUUUAGUAGAUGUAUAAAUGUAUCAUGAUUAAGAAGGGAUGAUGUAUACUUUUAUUCAAGUUAAAUGAUAAUCCUGUAAUCAGAAAAGUUGUUGAUAAUUUAGGUAAAAAUCAAGUACUUACCUGCAUAUUUUUGAAGCUAUUAUAACAAGUUAUGUAUUACUGAGAGUGAAAUGAUUAAAUAGAAUUAUAUAAGAGAG